AUGUCGUCGUCUAACCAUACCGAGGUGCCCGUUGAGGAAUCAUACGGCCAAAUGUGCUGGCUCACUGUCCCCGUUGUAAACAUCGACAGGGCCAAGGCCUUUUAUGCCGAGAUAUUCAACUGGGACAUCAGCCCUGAAGCCAUGCCCAGCGAUCGGCCCGGCGUCAAGGAGCUCCAUCAUUUCAAUCGUGGAAAAACGCUGCAUGGCGCAUUUGCCGUGAUGGAAGAUGGAUAUCACGUCAUCAACCAAUCGAUGGGUUCAACAGAUGCCAUUUCCGUUCACCCGAGCUUUUACGUCAAGAACUGCAAGGAUACACUCGAAGAGGUUGAAAGACUCGGUGGUAAGAAGCACCUGCACAAGACGGAGAUUGGUGGGGAUAUGGGCCAUUAUGCUCGAUUCAUCGAUACUGAGGGCAACUUGAUCGGAAUCUGGUCCAAAAUCUGA